CACUCCACAGAACCGGACGUCAUCAGCAGGAGACGAAGAAGAAGAAGAAUCGCUAAAAUCCAAAUCGUGCCAGUGAAGGGCCAAGACAGCAAGUGAGACUUAAAAUACGAAAGAGUUGAUUUCACAAUGCUUCCACUAUCUCUGCUGAAGACUGCCCAGAACCAUCCCAUGCUGGUGGAGCUGAAGAACGGGGAGACGUACAACGGUCACCUGGUGAGCUGUGACAACUGGAUGAACAUCAACCUGAGAGAAGUCAUUUGCACCUCAAGGGAUGGAGAUAAGUUCUGGAGGAUGCCCGAGUGCUACAUCAGAGGAAGUACCAUCAAGUACCUGCGAAUCCCCGAUGAGAUCAUCGACAUGGUGAAGGAGGAGGUGGUGUCGAAGGGCCGUGGACGUGGAGGCCCCCAGCAGAACAAACAGCAGGGCAAAGGAAGAGGAGGAGGAGGAGGAGGAGGAGCCGGAGCCGGCCGAGGUCUGUUUGGCGGCCGUGGCAGAGGAAUGACUGGUCCUGGUCGGGGCCAGCAGCAGCAGCUGCAGCUGCAGCAGCAGGAUAAGAAACAGGGCAAACCUCAGGGAAUGAAGAACCAGCACUGACAGACGACAUUACACCUUCAACAACACAUCUUGCUAUUCAGAGCGAUUUCUCCUUCAGAACAUGAAGAUAAAAUUAACUCUCCUUCUGCUGUGAUGUUUUUGUCCGGACUGACCAUCACAGAAAUCACAACGGGAGACGUUAAGAGAAACUGUGCUUUUGCACUGAAUUUUGUUUUUUAAGCAUCUGUAAGUUGGUAUUAACAUUUUUAGUAUGACCACACACCAGUGUAUCAGUCAGAGCUGACAGCAGACCCCGUCUUUAGUAUGCAUUUAUAAUGUGUUAUUACAACUUCGCAAUAACAUUUUGUAUGAUAAAUCACAUUGUAUUUUCCCAAAACAGUUGGUACACUGGAGUGAGGUUUUUAUUUUUUGUUUUUUGUCAACUUGUCUCUUUGGGUGUAGAUUUCACGGUAAAGAAACUGCCCAGCCCCAUCUUCUGUUCAAUUAAUAUUUUUUUUAACUUGGCUCUUUAUUUUUGUGUUGUUCGCGACGUUCUGUAGUUUGUCUGCGGUGCCGUGUGGUCCGAUCAUUGUCGACCGGCAGUUGGGGGGGACGAGAAUUCAGUCCCUGAAAAUGUACUCUUUUGUUAAAGCAUUUGUAAGAUAACACAUUAUGAUCAUUACGAUUUCCAGAAAAAAAAAAUUCUUAAGUCUGCAAUGGAUAAGUCCAAUGUGUGUCAUGUUGGUUGGAUUUCAUUUUAGUUUUGCAACAAAAGAAGAUGUAAUUUAUUUACAUGAGAACAUGACAAUAAAACAACUUUUGUUAAAGCUGUCGUAUUUAUUUAG